AACAACAAGCUGCUGUCUCACCUCGGACCCGAGCUGCAGUCUGGGCACCUCCUCACCCCAACUUCUUCUUCACACCCCAGGAGUCUGAGCAGGAGGGGCAGAAAGCUGUUACCCACACAGGGGCAGGGCACUCACUGGACUUGCCCUUACCAUAAGGCUGGCAACUGUCUUUGCAAAGGGCUACCUGGAUCUAACAUUGGGAGAUUUUACCCAAAAUGACAAGCCUGGCUGGAGCUGUACCAAGAAUGAUGAGACCAGCUCCUGGACAGAAUUACCCACGGAGUGGAUUUCCCCUGGAAGUGUCCACUCCUUUAGGCCAAGGCAGGGUGAAUCAGCUCGGCGGGGUGUUCAUCAAUGGCCGGCCGCUACCUAAUCACAUUAGGCAUAAGAUAGUAGAGAUGGCCCAUCACGGCAUCAGACCCUGCGUGAUCUCUCGCCAGCUCAGGGUGUCCCACGGGUGCGUGUCCAAGAUCCUGUGCAGGUACCAGGAGACCGGCUCCAUCAGGCCCGGGGCCAUCGGGGGCAGCAAGCCCAAGCAGGUGACCACUCCAGAUGUGGAAAAAAAGAUUGAAGAGUAUAAAAGAGACAACCCUGGUAUGUUCAGUUGGGAAAUUCGAGAUAAAUUACUUAAGGACGGAGUAUGUGAUCGAAAUACUGUUCCUUCAGUGAGCUCCAUUAGUCGUAUCUUGAGAACCAAGUUUGGAAAAGGGGGAGAGGAGGAUGUAGAAAUGGAAAGAAAGGAACAGGAAGAACACGAAAAGAGGGCGAAACACAGCAUUGACGGGAUCCUCAGAGAGAGAGCUCCAUCAUCUCCUCAGUCAGAGGAUGGCUCAGAUAUUGACUCCGAGCCAGAUCUUCCAUUGAAGAGGAAGCAGAGAAGAAGCAGGACCACAUUCACUGCUGAACAACUAGAGGAGCUGGAGAGAGCCUUUGAGAGGACUCACUACCCAGAUAUUUAUACAAGAGAAGAAUUGGCUCAGAGAGCUAAGCUGACCGAAGCAAGAGUGCAGGUAUGGUUUAGCAACCGUCGUGCAAGAUGGAGGAAGCAGGCAGGAGCCAACCAGCUGAUGGCCUUCAAUCACCUCAUCCCUGGGGCAUUUCCCCCAACGGCUAUGCCAGCUUUACCAACUUACCAAUUAACAGAGUCUUCUUACCAGCCCACAUCCAUACCACAAGCUGUUUCGGAUCCCAGCGGUACCCUUCACAGACCCCAGCCUCUCCCUCCAAGCACUGUUCACCAAAGCAGCCUUCCUUCCAAUCCGGACAGCAGUUCGGCAUAUUGCCUGCCCAGCGGCCGCCAUGGAUUUUCCAGCUACACAGACAGCUUUGUGCCCCCAUCCGGCCCUUCCAACCCCAUGAACCCCAGCAUUGGCAACGGCCUUUCACCUCAGGUUAUGGGUCUCCUGACAAACCAUGGCGGAGUUCCUCAUCAGCCUCAAACGGACUACGCGUUAUCUCCUUUGACUGGCGGUCUGGAACCCACCACUGCUGUAUCAGCAAGCUGCAGCCAGAGACUAGAACACAUGAAGGGUUUGGAUAGUCUGUCAACAUCACAGUCCUAUUGCCCACCAACCUACAGCACAUCAGGGUAUAGCAUGGAGCCAGUUACAGGAUAUCAGUACGGACAGUAUGGGCAGAGUGCCUUUCAUUAUCUGAAGCCAGAUAUUGCAUAAAGGAACUGUUCCUCAAGACAUGAUACGCUCAUACGUUUGGAUAGGAAGGGGGAUCUCAACAGCUCACCGGCCCAUUUGGGGUUCAGCUGCAAGACAAAACAACAAAUAUUUCUCCCUCGCUUUGCCAAGAGUGGAGUAUGUUUCACGGGAGAUGCUUCAAUGCAAGAGUUUGUUUAGUGCAGCGUUGGAUGUACAGUGCUUUUGCUAAAUGGACAUAUGUGACUCCAGGGACUGAUAAAACAUUCCAAAUGCUGAAACAACAAACUGUUUACAACCUAACAGAGGUCGGAUCUUAGCAAGUGGACAACGACCAUGGCCCUCACUAACGGCUUCAUACAAAUUCAUUUAAAAGACAUAAGUGAGUCAGGGAAUGGUUUCAAUGAGUUUCCUCUAAUCACCUGUUCCAGAUACCAACUAUGGAGGCGUUUUCCACAUAGCACGCGGACAUGAAAUAGAAAGUGAUCAGUGGAUAGAUUUUUUUGUGCUUUAAAUUGUGACCAGUUGUGUUAAAAAUUUCGUUGUGGAAUAGCUCGAUUUGACAAAUUACAUUCCAUUUCUUUGUUUAAUCGCAUUCAACAAGUCCUUACAAUAGUCAGUACUUAACAGUGGCAUAAGCGAACUAGCAUUUGUUUUAUGUUUAUAGAAAACGAACACCCAGAAUUUGGGAAAGUUUGUUUGCUGUGGAAAAAACGCAUAGUUGAGCGAGGAACACCCAAUGCCAAAUUUGGACUCAAAAGAUACUGAUUUUAUGGCUGUCAAUCAACGUGCAAUACCAUGCCUCACUUCGACUGUGGGAACACCUCUUGGCCACGGCUCAUGAAUACAAUAGACUUUCACAUUUCUUCCGCAAUUAUUUUUCAUUUUGAAAGAACUCUGUUGAGCUUGGUUAGACAUUAUUUUAUAUAUGAAAGAAAGCAACACUUUGUAUUUUAAGGCAAACACAUUCCGCCAUUUAGUCUGUUCUGUUUACCAGUGAGAUACCUUGAAGAUUAAUUUGUUAGACGUAAGUCAAAUGUUCAGAGAGUCAUCGUCUAGAAAUCUUAACAUGACUAAUUUCUGGAGGGUAAAACAUUAUGGGGUGGUUCCAAAGUCUUCAUUUGGGGUUGAUGUAUAUAUCAACAACAUGCGUCCUACCUAAGACAAUGGUUCUUUGGCUCCUUUAAUAUACUGGAGGAAACCUCCAAUAAAAUGGAGAUUCUCCUGCAAUGAGGGUGUUGAAAAUGUGUUCCAUGAUAUGUGAGGGGGUGGGAAAUUACAGUCUAUGUUAUUUAUUUCGUUGUUUUCAAGAGACGUGAGAUAGGGUGCAAAAAUACAUUCCUUCAAUAAUUUUGUUUAAUAAAUUAGGGUAUUUAGAUAGUAUAGUUAGUAAUGAGAUCGGCUUUCGUCUUAGAGGUGAUGGAAGAAGUUACAUUUUAUCUGUUCUUAGCCGCUUCUACCGGCAACAGAUGCUGCAAUAUGUUUCAUGUAAAAAGUGCAGUAAAUAAUUACUAUUUAUAAUAAAUACUUGCAAAGCAA